GGAGGGAAGGAAGGGGGGAAGAUGGCGGUGCUGGCGCCGCUGCUGGCGCUGCUGUACUCGGUGCCGCGGCUGUCGCGAUGGCUGGCGCGGCCCUACUACCUGCUGUCGGCGCUGCUGGCCGCCGCCUUCCUGCUCGUGCGGAAGCUGCCGCCGCUCUGCCUGCACCUCCCCACCCAGAGGGAGGACCGGAACCCCUGCGACUUCGACUGGCGGGAGGUGGAGAUCUUGAUGUUCCUCAGCGCCAUCGUAAUGAUGAAGAACCGUCGAUCCAUCACCGUCGAGCAGCACAUCGGCAACAUCUUCAUGUUCAGCAAAGUGGCCAACGCCAUCCUCUUCUUCCGCCUGGACAUCCGCCUGGGCCUGCUCUACGUCACCCUCUGCGUAGUAUUUCUGAUGACCUGCAAGCCCCCCCUCUACAUGGGCCCCGAGUACAUAAAGUAUUUCAACGACAAGACGAUUGAUGAGGAGCUGGAGCGGGACAGACGGGUGACGUGGAUCGUGGAAUUCUUCGCCAACUGGUCCAACGAGUGCCAGUCGUUCGCUCCCAUCUACGCCGACCUCUCUCUCAAGUACAACUGUGCCGGACUGAACUUCGGGAAGGUGGACGUGGGGCGCUACCCGGACGUCAGCACGCGGUACAAAGUGAGCACGUCGCCCCUCACCAAACAGCUGCCCACCCUGAUCCUGUUUCAGGGCGGUAAGGAGGUGCUGCGGAGGCCGCAGAUCGACAAGAAGGGAAGAGCCGUGUCCUGGACCUUCUCCGAGGAGAACGUGAUCCGAGAGUUCAACCUGAACGAACUGUACCAGCGGGCCAAGAAGCAGGCGAAGUCCCGAGACGAGGCCCCCGAAGAGCCACCCGAACCCCCGGCCACCGCCACUCUUCCCCCCGGCGAGACCAAGAAAGACAAAUGAGGCCCCCGUCCCCGUCCCGUCGUUCCCGACGCCACCAGGCCUCCUCUCUGACGGGGGCCCGCCCGCCCAGGGACUGCAUGCCUUCUCACGGGCUACUGCUUGUUGUUAUUUAUGUGUAACUCCCUGCUCGUGGACUAGCCAGGGGUGGACUCGGCUCGCCGGGGGACCGGGCCGGCAGGUCCAGGGAGAGGAGGAGGAGGAGGAGUGGCCGUCCGUUGGGUCCGGGAGCCAUUUGGAGGAAGAGGUCGUGACCGAACACCGUCCCCCAGCCGCCCCCAGUCCAGGCCGCCCGUUCCCCUCUUAAGGAGAACGAGGGUUUUCUUCUUCUUCAUCGUGGCGGUUUUCAGGCCCGUGCCAUCUGAGGCUAUUCAAGCAGCAGCAGCCAUCGUCCGGUCGGAGGCUGGUUUUCCUGGCCCUCACUGCCUUUGACCUUGAAAACGGCUUAUCCUGUUCACUGAAGGAAGGGGCCUCCUCCCGAGUACUUGCCAAACUCCCCUGCCCUUCUCCCCUCCUCCCCCCACUAAGGUCUUCGCUCAGGACGGUGUAGCGACGACGAUGAUGAUGGCGGGACAGAGCGAACCUUUUAGCACGAAUAACUCACUUUUAGCACUCCCUUGCCCUUUUGGGAGGAGGGGGACCGAGGCCUCCUGGCCCUGUUGCGGGGGUGAGGUGGAAGAAGGGGAGCCUUGAGCUAGGGCUCCCGGAAAACUCCCACUAACUUCCCUCCCAUUCCUGGUAGUUUUCAGGAAUAAAGGAACAACCCUGCCCUGG